AUGAUCGCCGCGAUCGCGUCGCCCCGGACCGCUGUGCCUCCCCGCGCCGUGCGCGUGCGAGCGCAAUCCACCAAGGGAUGCGUCGUCAGUCAUCGACCGACCGCACUCGAAUCUCGCUCGAACGUGCGUCUCGUUCGCCGUGAAGGCGUCGUGGACGGGUUCUUCGGAAGAACACGAUUAUCCUCGGUCGUCGUGCGCGCUACGGACGACGACGCGAUCGCCAAGGGCGACGACGAGGCGGUGGCAAACAUCUCGCGGAAAGUGGCGCGCACGGCGCGCGCGUGCAAGACUCUCGGACGAUGGGCGUUCUGGUCGCAGCUCGUGUUGACCACGAUCGCGGCGGUGAUCGUGGUAUUUUCGUUCCUGUAUAAGGGGUUGACGAAGAGCACGGACGCGGGGUUGUACUUCAUCCUGUUUGGAUUAAUCGCCGGGUACUUCACGACGUUUUGGUCGCUGGGCAUCGUGCGCCUGGGCGAUAAGCUCCGCAAGGGGGCGAAGGAUCUCGAUCAGGUACCACCGAGGACGGAUGUCAUUCGCACCCUCUCCACCGGGCUCACGGUGAACGUCAUCGGGCUUGGGGCGACGAUCAUCGGUUUGCAAGCAACGACGGGGAUGUUAUUCGCCAAGACGCUCACAGCGGCGGCACAAAUGCCCAUGUAUGGCGCCCCAGUCGUUGGCACCGGCGCGGCAUUGGACAUCUUCUUGGUUCAGGCGGCGUCGAACGCGAUGCUCGGCCACUGGUUCGGGCUCGCUGCGAGUUUGUGGCUUCUGAGAACUGUCAACUUGCCUUCUCCCACGAAGGCUGCGUGA